CUGCAACUCCGCUGCCCCGUCCUGACCUCCGUCCUGUCUCUCUCCAUAUAGACGCUGUGACCUACCCACUGUACAAUGCUUUAGACUGGAGUACUCUCCCUUCGCAUUAGCUACUUGCUGUUGGAUUCUAAAUUCACGCACGCUCCUGCAGCGUGAAUGAUUACGUAAAAUGUUAAAUCCGUUGUACAUGCAACAUCGUUCGUCGACGCCUGCGAGUAUAGGACCACCGAGUUCACCGCCGUCAUUGCCCAAUCUCAAGGAGAUUGAGGAGUUAAGUGCUGAACGUCUAAACCUCUAUCUUGAUCGUCAAGAAGGUGAGGAUGAACACGAGGAGGAGGCAGUCGACGAGAUUGCAAAAAAGAAGAGUCGAUGGAAGCGGAACCUUCGCAUCGCUUUGCCACACGUCGGUCUCGUUAUUCUCUCGGCAGUUUAUACUUUGGUAGGAGCCGCCAUAUUCCACCAUUACGAAAAACCAUUCGAAGAGCAACUGAGAAACGAGACCGCUCAUCGAGUUCACUUACUGAAGCAACGAAUUAUCGACGAACUUUGGGAGAUGAACAAUAAUGGCACACCAUACGCAGUCUGGUCGGAACGAGCUCAGAUUGCCAUGGAUGACAUUAUUCGCGACGUUUUUGUUGAUUAUACAAAGAAUUAUAUGACACCUGAUGAUGUCAUUACUGGCUCAGGUCCAUUUAAAUGGUCUUUCGAAUCGAGCAUAUUCUUCUCUUGGACUGCCAUCACAACUAUCGGGUACGGUCAUAUCGUUCCGCGGACGAAUGCUGGACGAAUAGCGAUCAUUUUCUAUGCACUUUUUGGUAUACCUCUAAUUUUGGUCACCAUUGCUGACAUGGGACGAUUUCUGUCAGGAGGUAUUAUUUGGGUACAUAACACAUAUCGAAAAUUCAUGGAUUCUUGCUACGCUCAAUGUUGGAAGUGCUUCAAAUGUAUGUGCUGUGGAUUGCGAAGAAAACAAAAGCGGAUACAGAUGCCCACCAUUGAACUUUUACAAAAACAACGGCAAAUGUACAGCAGCGUAAGAAGGCCGCGAAAAACUCACGAUAAUCAAUCUGACGCCGGAACUUUCGAAGACAUAUCCGAAAUUCACACGCAGAAUUCUGAUCUUGGAGGUCCGACAUCGGAAGACACCCGUGCACAGGCAGAGGAACUUCCAGAAAUGCCACACCACGAGCGACGAGUUUCGGUGAUGUUCAUCCUCGUCAUAAUGCUGGGUUACGUGGCUGGUGGAGCAUAUGUGAUACGAUAUUGGGAAGCAUGGUCCUUUUUUGACGCAUUCUAUUUCUGUUUCGUUACCGUGACAACAAUAGGAUUUGGUGACAUAGUUCCUUUGAACGUCGACUUUUUUCCAGCCACUCUAGCCUACAUUAUACUUGGCCUCAUCAUUACAACUAUGUGUAUCGAUCUCGUUGGUAGUGAGUACAUUCGCGAUAUCCACUUCUAUGGACGAAGUCUAGGCAGAUCGUUCAUGACAAUUGGCGGAAAGGUAGUCCAUUUGGGAGAGGUGUUCGGUUACGUGGCUUUCCUGCAGAAAAACUACGGCUUAACGCCGGAACAACUAAACAAACUAGCUCAGCUUCCAGAGGAAUACCUUUUGGAUUGCCUUAUCAAUGGCCGGCAGCCCGAUCUGAAUUGGAUAGGAGGUCGACCGUAUGUGCCACCGGAUAUCUACUACUUCAAGUGGAUAGAACACCCGAGGACAUUAUCGUUUGCGUCUGAUCGAGUACUCGCUAGCAUGGAAAGCCUAGAUCUCAACACCAGCAGGUGUUCGACGGCUCGCACGCUUACGCCGCGCGAAUACUAUCAGAAGAUCCUCUUCCAGUAUUGUAAACAACUGCAACCCGAUGAGCAGAUGGCUGAUAUCGACCAGUAGCAAAAGUCAUCUCCGUCGCUCCGUUUACACAUCUCGUUUCAUUUGUUCUCUUCCUCAUUCGUGUUCACUUCCUAAUUUUUGGUCAAUCUAUCAGUCUUUCUCCAGAUAAAUAGCGUAGCUAUAUAAUUAUGAUAUAUCUGAUCGGGGUAUAUGCAAUGUCUGUGUGCGUUUAGGCCAAAUAUUGCAAUUUUCUUCCUAUCUUUCAUUGCGGUCAACGUCUACUUCUUUACCAGCGCGAGCUGUCCUGUUUUCAAUCGGUAGUCGUUAAAUCAUAGUACAAUCAUCGUCAGUACCUGCCCUGAAGCUUGACAUAUCCAGUUGUCAUCAGCUUCAUUUGUUACACAACCUCUUCAUUCAUUGCAUGAGAUUUUCGCAGAUGUGUUAAAUAACUUAUCAAAGUCUAUUAUGAUGCCCGUGUCUCAGAAAAGAAGAUAAAGAAUU